UUUUAGUGUCCUGACUCUCUCGCAGAAAAGCCUUUCGCUUUAUUUUGGAUCAGCCAAGAGCCAAGACUUCAGCGGACGUGGUUGGUCAAUUAAACCUCUCACGUCAUCAUUGAAUCAAUUGAUUCUUCGUUCGUCUGUCGAUCUAUCUUGAAGCCAGAGCUCUUGUCCGCUAUAAAACUGCCAUAUAUCGUCCAAUGGCGCAAUAGCUUCUUGACAUAAAUUCAUCGGAUGAGGGCUAGAAGAGGAACGUGACACGUGUGAUUGGCUUCCUGUGUUGACCGGGAUAAACAUCACCUCCCACGUGGAUCAAGGGCGAAAUCUCGUAUCGCACCGACUCGCUCAAUUCAAGUCUGGGAACUUCCCCCCCCCUCAUUGGGAGUAUGGGCGCAUUCAUGAGCGGCUUGAGUGGUGGCGUUUUCCAACCGACACCCUCAGUUAUCCGUGCCAAUCACUUCACUCCUUUCCAAUUUUGCCAAUUGGGCGAUAUCCAGCUUGGUUUCGGCCAGGAUGGUUGGAAGAAUGACGUGCACCGAAUGCAACUUGCCGCGGAGCAAGUCAACGCGGAGGACUUCGACUUCUGCAUUGCCGUCGGUGACCUAACCAACAGCCGAUAUUCCCAUGAAAUAACCGCAUUCCAGCAAACAUACCCCAAUUUCACUGUGCCUGUGCACCUACUCCCCGGAAACCACGACGUGCACAACGUCUCCACGCUGAAACAGUUCACCCAGGACUUCAACACGAGUGACCACAGCAGCUUCGCGCACAAUGGGUAUCGGUUUAUUCUCCUCAACUCCAUCACCAUGAUCACCGACUUGGCCGAAUUCAAAAACCACACGGCCUACGAAUGGAGAUGGUUCGAGCGUGAGCUCAAAGCCGCCGCGCGCAGAGGCGAAAGGAUCGUCGUCGCGCAUCACCAUCUCCCAUUUGAGCAUCGCGAGGACGAGCCGGACUCGUAUUGGACUUUUCCAAAGCGCGUGCGUCGCAAGUAUUUGGAGCUGAUCCGGAGAUAUGCUGUGCGGCAUAUUCUUGUGGGACACCGGCAUGAGACGAAGAAUAUUUAUCCUGCUGAUGACUUCUAUACGAUCUAUGUCGUUGCGGGCACGGCGCGCUUCUUUGAUGGGAAUGGGUUUGGAAUUAACUAUUUUAACGUCUCGUCACGCGAUUCGGCGAACGAUGUUGCGCAGAACUAUGUUCAUCUUAAGGGUGUUACGCACAUGAAGAGGUCUGAGGGCCAGCCGACUGGGUGUCCGGAUAUCUUUCGACAUGAUCAAUGAUUUACGGUCUGGGUUAGAUUGGCGGGGUGUGCUCAAUAUGGUAUCCUUUCAUGACAUGUUGAAUGAUAGAAAUUCGAGUAUUCUCGAAGAUAGAUUGUGAGCUAUUCCCUGGGAAACGAUAGCUAGGAUAUGUAAAGUAAUGCCAAAAUGAACUGGUUAGAAUG